AGAUGGAGAGUCUCAAGACUGAUACAGAAAUGCUCUACCCUGAGAUAAUUGUAGAAGUGGGCAGAGUAACUUUUGGAGAAGAGAACAGGAAGAAGAUGACCAGCAGUUAUUUGAAAAGAACUGAGAAUUCUAAAAUCAUCCAAGCCACAUGUGCACUGUUAAAUUCUGGAGGGGGUGUGAUCAAAGCGGAGAUCCACGACAAAACCUACAGUUACUGCUGCCAUGGGCUGGGACUGGAUCUGGAAACAUCUUUUCAAAAGCUCCUUCCUUCGGGUUCACAGAGAUACCUUGACUACAUGCAGCAGGGGCACGAUCUCCUGAUAUUUGUGAAGGCAUGGAGCCCAGACGUUUUCAGCUUCCCCCUAAAGAUUUGUAGCUUGCGCUCCAAUUUAUAUCAGAGAGCUGUGACUUCCACUAUCAACCUGAGUGCCAGCAGUGCCCUGGAGCUUCUCAGAGAGAAGCGGUUUAGAGCCCAAAGAGGGAGAUCGAGGGUGAAAGGGACACAUCCUCAGAAAGUUCUUGACAGACACAUUCAGGAAGAGGAAGAUAUGAGGAUGUCUGCCUCAGAAAUUUUUAAAAAGGACAGACUCAUGUAUAGGGAGAAACUCAACUUUACUGAGUCCACACAUGUUGAGUUUAAAAGGUUUACCACCAGAAAGAUCGUCCCUCGGAUUAGGGAAAUGCUGCCUCACUAUGUUUCUGCAUUUGCCAACACCCAAGGGGGAUACUUAAUUAUUGGGGUGGAUGAUAAGAGCAAAGAAGUGUUUGGAUGUAAGACAGAAAAAGUGAACCCUGACUUAUUUAAAAAAGAAAUAGAAAACUGCAUAGAAAAACUGCCUACAUUCCACUUCUGCUGUGAGAAGCCAAAGGUGAAUUUCACUACCAAAAUCUUGAAUGUGUACCAAAAAGAUGUCCUGUAUGGUUAUGUCUGUGCGGUUCAAGUGGAGCCCUUUUGCUGCGUGGUAUUCGCAGAAGCCCCGGAUUCCUGGAUCAUGAGGAACAAUUGUGUCACAAGGCUGACAGCAGAGCACUGGGUGGCCAUGAUGCUGGAUGCACAGUCAGCAACUUCCAGUUUGACCGCAGAAUACAGCUUUCACCUGAUUGCAUCAGCUUCCUCUGCACUAAGAAGCUCACCAUAUCCUAUAAAAGUCCUGGGAUUUAAGAGGGCUCUACAACAACGUUUGUUUCCAGUGACACAAGAAGAGAUACAAUUUAAACCAGAAUCCCUGUGUAAGAAGCUAUUCUCAGAUCAUACAGGACUGAAGGAAUUAAUGAAGACACAGAUACUUCAAUGUUCUCAGGGGAUUGUGAUAUUUUCUAGAAGCUGGGCUAGUGAUGUUGGCUUAAGGAAAGAACAGAAUGUCUUGUGUGAUGCUCUCCUAAUAGGGGUUAACAGUCCCCUGGUACUCUAUACUGUCUUAAUAGACUCCGGUUGGAUCCGAGGGCUUGAAUAUGCCCGAGACACUGCUCAUCAGUUAAAACAGAAACUGGGAACUGUUGGUGGUUACACAGGGAAAGUGUGUGUUAUUCCGAGACUGCUGUACCUGCCCAGCGCACAGUGUAGACCUAGAGAGAUCCCUGUGCACUACCCCGAAUCCUACAGGCUAGCCAAUGAGGAUGAAAUGGAAGACUUGUUGCAGGCCCUUAUCGUGGUCUGUCUGUGCUCUAGAUCUCUUCUGAGUGACCGGUUGGGCUGUGAGUUUUUCAACUUGCUCAUAGCGGAGCAGUGUGAAUUGCUCUCAGAGAGCCUUCACGAGACACGAGAAUUGUUCAUCCACUGCUUUCCAGGAACCAGGAAGACAGCCAUAGCCAUUAAAAUCAUGGAGAAAAUUAAGAAUUUGUUUCACUGCAAACCAAAAGAGAUCCUCUAUGUUUGUGAAAGUGACUCCUUAAGGGAUUAUGUGACUCAACAAACCACCUGCCUGGUUGUGACCCGGAAAACCUUCAUGCAAGGGGAGUUCCUAAGGAUUAAACACAUAGUAAUGGAUGAGACUGAGAAUUUCUGCAGUUCAUACGGAGACUGGUACAUGAAGGCUCAGAGCAUCACCCAUCCAAAGGUGAGGGGGAGUAGAAAUGAAAACCUUCACCACGGGAUCCUCUGGAUUUUUCUGGAUCCUUUCCAAAUCCAUCAUGCAGAUAUCACUGGCCUUCCCCCUCCAUCUGCUCAGUUUCCUCGAAAAAUAAUCACCAGCGAGAUCCACUGUGCUUUGGAAAUAGCAAUGGUCAUGAAAGAAGAAAUGAAGAGGAUCAAAGAGGAUCCUCCCUCCAGCAUGUCUCCAGACACAUUGGCAUUGUUCAGGGAAGCUGCCUACGAGGAAGCAAUGUGUGCCCAGGCUCUGCCCGGGGUGUAUGAGACAGAGACUAACCUGACUACAGAACAAAUAGUGAAACACGUGGCAGAAAGAUGUCACAAUCUGUUCCAAUGUGGCUAUCUGCCCAAAGAUAUCGCAAUUCUGUGCAGGAAAGGGGAAGACAGAGGACGCUAUGAGCUUGCACUGCUAAAAGCAAUGGAAUUUCAGACCCAUGGAGCAACAAAGAUUAUGUUCAGCCAGGCCUCUGGUGUUUCAGGCAGUCACAUCAUCUUAGACAGCAUUCAGCAAUUUUCAGGCCUGGAGAGGAAUAUUGUGUUUUGGCUUAGUCCAGAAAGUGCCUUGUCAGAGGAAGUUCAUAGGCUCUGCUUUGCCUCAAGAGCCAUUAAACACCUUUACCUGCUUUAUGAAAAGAGAGCAGCUUUCUGA